CCUGCUGCAUUACUCUGCCCCUGACCUUUAGAGAGACACGGAGCUACUCCUGCGUCUUCUAACUGCGAACAUGGACGUGCACAGAGUGUCUAACCACAACCAAAUGGAUUACAACUUCGACAACAUGGAGCCCAAACACGGGAAGCUGUUGCCGUUUCAGGAGGAGCGUUUAGACAGUGGCCUGGACUCCCUGCGGGAGGACGAGCUGGCGAGCGAGAUCGAGGACCUGAAUUUGAACAGAAGUGAGGAGCUCACACAGGAAUACGAGCCCUGGACAUCUGCAGUGACGGAGGACGGUGACACGCUUCUGCACUUGGCCAUCAUUCAUGAAGCCACAGAACAUGCCCUCCAGAUGAUCAAACUGUCUCACAAUCACCCCUUCCUCAACGUGCAGAACCACCAGAGACAGACCGCCCUCCACCUCGCAGUAAUCACAGAGCAGCCGCAGUUAGUGGAGCGGCUCCUGAAGGCCGGCAGUGACCCACGUCUGGCUGACGACAGCGGGAACACGGCGCUCCACAUUGCCUGCAAACGAGGCUCUCUCGCCUGCUUCGGCGUCAUCACGCAGAUCUGCCAGCAGCACAUCACCUCCAUGGUGUCCUUCCCCAACUACAGUGGACACAACUGUCUCCACUUGGCGUCCAUUAACGGCUACAUUUCGUUGGUUGAAAGCCUCAUUCGGCUCGGUGCAGACAUCAACGCACAGGAGCAAUGCAGUGGACGGACGUCGCUCCACCUCGCCGUCGACCUCCAGAACCCAACAUUGGUGCGUCGCCUCCUUGAACUCGGUGCAGACGUGAACUGCUUGAACUACGGCGGCUUCACGCCGUACCACCUCACCUACGGGCGCCACAACGAAGAGAUCCGCUGCCAGCUGUACGACAGAACGGCGCAGGAGCUGAGAGAGCUGCCCGACAGCGAAUCAGACGAGAGCGAUAUGGAGGAUCUGGACUCAUCGGGAGACGAACUGUACGAUGACAUAAAGUUCGGGAAGUAAACAGAAGCAUCCCGUCCGCCGGUGAAAGAAAGCUGCUACUGGGCCGCUCAGCCACGGCCCCCCAACCCCGAAAACCAGGGACACAUCAGGUCCAGGUCCACAGGUGCUGGCCCCCGGGAUCGAAAAAACAUGAAGACGGCGUACGGUCUGGUUGAACCUGGUCCAGAUCACAGAGAGAUCUGCACCAACGUACCACAGAACAGCAAGACCACGACCUCCACAUAUAUAGUCCUUCUAUAUACUGUACAAAUAUAGAUAUGAAUGUGUAUAUACGAGACAGAGACGUGUAAGAUAUUGUAAAUACAGAGAUAUUAUUUUUGUACCUGUACAUAAACUGUGUGAAUUUAAACACUAUUAACAAAAUGUUGAGAAUAAAAAGAAGUUUAUGAAUAUAAA